AUGGAGGAGGAAGGGAAGGGACAGGGGAGCGAGGGAGGGCACGCGAUCACUCCCUAUCUAGAGCGCCCGCGACACUUAACCGCUUCUCCCACCCGCCCGAUUCCUCCUCCCAAGCCCGCCCUCCACACGCUGCAACUGGGUUGCACUAGUCCACCGUGGCCCCGCGCGUGCAGCACGCUGCAGCGCACAUCGCUGCCGCCGCUGCCGAAUCCGAAUCGCCGGCCGGCCGAGCGACCGACGCUCCGGCCGUCCGCCCUUUCCAGCCCCUUCCACUUCCUUUCCCGCCUUCUCCUUCCACCGGAAGAACCGAUCCUCCCGGUACCAGUCCGGUACCCCACCAACGUUCCAAUUCCAACCGCGCUCCUUGCUUGGCACCAGGACACCGGUCUGCUCUCUUCUGCUCGCUGGUCUGCUGCAACUCUGUCGCCAGCCUGCGCAUCGUGCGCGCGCGUCGUCAGCGAGUCCGCAUACUACGUGUGUGUCUUGCGUUGCGUUGCGUUGCGCGACGCGACGCUAUGCCACGUUACGCAGCAUGGACGGCGUGGACACCUGCCCACCCUCUCCCACGCCGUCCCGGUGAAUCACGUCCUCACAGGGCCUGGAGGCUCCAUGUCAGUAGCAGCAGCGUCUGUUCGCACACCGACAACCGCGUGCUCGCAGUCCGCUCAAGCCGUCCAUCCGUCCAUCAAUCACCCGCUAGCGCGCCACUUGACGUGCAGCUUCGUCAUCUCUCCCUUACGAUCGCGCGAGCCCAGGCGAGUCCGUAAAGAAACAGACACCCCAUCGGGCCCUCCGCACACGGGUGCACACGGCCGAUCGCCGCCUUCUGACAAUCGCUCUGAUCCUCCUGCGCACGUCCCUAUGCCGAUCAGCUCCUCCCCGUCCGCGCACCUGAUAUAUACCGACGGCGCGACCGCCAUCGCCGCAGCUGCUGGCUGGCUGGUCGGCGAGUCUGAUGCGCGCCCACGCCACACACCAGCGCUCCCGCAAUUCAAGUUCAAAUAUCGACGUAUCAACCGUCCAGGAUUCCGAUCCCGAUGGCAUUCAAAGCGCUCCUCGCGCGUGCAGACCUCGCCGGGGAUAGUACCCCCUCGCGAUCUUUCUGCCUGCCCCGUUGCCCACUCGAGUAUCUGUAAACGCACGGCGCCGGCGCCGGGCACUCGCUCGGCUGGUCCUCCCAACCCCCCUUCUGCCCGUGUUCAAUUCAUGCGCUGGUACGAGUACAGCACGGAUCGCCCCUCUCACAGGCAGCCAGCCCCAAGCAGAAUCCCAGGUCUCACGCGUCCGGAUCCCAGGCAUGUGCUCUGCGGGCUUCUGCGGGCUUCUUCGGGCUGCGGGCUGCUGCAGGGCUUCUGCGGGAUCUUACGAGAGCGGGAGAAGGAGAGGGGAGAGAAAGAAGAGGGCUCUGGCGAGGAUUUCGAAUUCGACGCGCCGGCGCUGCGCCCUUGCUGCCCUUGCUGCCCUUGCGCCCAGCCCUAA